UAAAUAUCAAGGCUAAUAACGUAAAACACACUCAAAUAAUAUCGGCUAAAAAGAAGAUCUCCCCACUCGCCCACUCGCUUGUCUUCUCUCUCCUCCACGCACGCUCCCUAACAAUUAAAUACAACUCUGAGUGGGUUUUCAGAUCCGGGGUUACUCUGUUCAAAAAAGCUGUGCUCUCUAAUGGCCUCGUUCUGAAUCCAAACCCUUUUUACCAGUAUCUAAACAUAGAUUUGUAUGCAUAUAUAGAACAAGAAAAUUACAAAAGGACAAAGGAAAACUAGCAAAAAUAUAUACAAAAAGAUUUACGCCUUUGAACUGGACCAUCGACUGGGAGAUGAUUUCACUUUAGCACUGUUUCCACUCUUCAGAUCUGAAGCAGGCCAAGAGUGUGAAUUGGUGUCUGUGGACAGGGGGAAAUUUUAUAGGAAAUACAUGUUCUGUGUCUGGUUUGGGAUUUAUAAAAUUGAUGUUGAUCUACUUCGAUUCUGGUGGUUGUGGCGAAGAUCUAGAAGCUUCUGUUGGUGAUUCAUUCAUUUCUAGCAUUUGAAACUGACGCCUGAUCGUUUAACUGGUUGAGUGCUUUGAUUCAGUGAUCUUUUUGAGUUGUUGUUUGGGUAAUAUUGGUUUGUUGGAAUUACGAUAGUGAAGCUUGGUAGCAAUGGAAACUCUUGUUGUUGUUGCUCAUCAUCGGAAUCAGUACUAUAGUAGAAGCAGAAACAGUGGACCAGUACGAUAUGGUUCCUUCGAGUCGCCUCCUUCUAAGGGUUUUCGGGGGAUUAACUGCCGUACUUUUCAAUCUGGUUCGGGGAUACUCCCAACCCCAUCAUUUAAUUCAUUAACAUCUCCUGUAGCUAAAAAGGCUGUUUCGCGUUCUCCUUUCCAAAAGUCUCCUUCGCCACCACCGUAUUCUUCAGUUGGUUCGCAUUCUGAGGAGCCUAAGAAGUCGAAGAGACCGGUCAGGAGUAGCCCAAUACCUAUACCAUUUAAGCUGAAAGUGGGUGUUGGUUCCAGAAAGUCGGCUUCUUUGAACAGUGGGUUUGAUCUUAGUUUUGCAGAACGCUGGGCUGGCCCAGCAUAUUCAAACUCUCCACCUCCUAGUUCUCUUCCAAUACCCAAAUUUUCUGUUGCCCGUCCCAAAAGAACUGUUUCCCUUGACUUGCCCUCUACAGCCUCUGAUAUUGACUUCCGCCCCAUUGCCAAGUCUGCCCCUGUUUCUCCUAGGCGGGAACGCAGCCCCUCCCCAAGUGAUAUGUUUGAUGAUGGUAUUGAUGGUGUUGAUUCUGCGACCAAGACCCUUCGUCGCAUCCUCAAUCUUGAUCUAACAGAUGAAUGAAUGAACACCGGGAGCAAGCAAUGCUCCUGUAAAUAAGGAAGUUACUUUUUCUUAGCUGGAUCAAUAGUAGAAUCUAGAUGUAAAUACUAGUAAAAUAAAUCAGUCUGCAGCUUGUCUCAGGGUUGUGGCUUGAAGUUUGUAGCUUUAUGUUACCUGUUGGUUUGAAUCAGUUGUGCAAGAGUAAGGGUGCCGUGUUUGGUCAACAAUCUCCAGACAUGUGAAGAUUGAUACUACUGUCUGGUAAGACAUGGGUUCGUAGUUUGGAUGCUGCUAGAAAAUGUGAUAAAUGGUGGUGCUGAGUGCCUUUGCAACAGAAUGGGGUCUCCUUGACUGGAAAUUUGAUGUGGUAGGCUGGUAUAUAUUAUAUGAAGCUGAGAGCUCGGCUUAUCCCUUGGGUGUGGGGACUGAGGAGGCAUAUUUUAGUUAUCAGAAAUGAUGGUAUGAACCCUCUAGUGUGCCUCACUGAAUUGUUUGUUCAUUUUCCCUUUGGCUGGAGUAAUUUCCUAGUCUUGUCUCAUAUUGUCUAUAUUGUAGGGUCCUAACUUCGGCUGCCUAGGUGCUUAUAGGGUUUGUUUGUUCUAGUCUUACUUAGAUAAUCCUUCCUGUUCCCUCGGGAUUUCUUCAUCUUCUCAUCUCUUUCCUAUCCUUUGUGUAGGUUUGUAGCUACAAUUUCCCUGUCACAGCUAUCCUGUAGCUACCUUUUUCUAAAACCUUUUUACCUUCAAUUAUAGAGUCUAAUGCUUAGUCUUUGCUUUGCAAAGCAAAGCUUCAGCUACCCGUUCCAGUUUCUCUAGUUUUUGGAAAGAGAAACUGGGCAGGGUUGUAGGUUAGUUUUGUUCUGCUUCCGCUGUACAUUUCAGUUUAGAAUGAAUCAGUUGUUGGAUCAGUAAAUCAGUCUAUGCAAGUAGCUUCACACUAUCAUGUAUAUGGUAGUUUGCUGUUGGAGAUGGUUGUUUGUACGAAGCUUCAGAAGGUAAGUUAUACUUAAGCUUCAUAUUAUUUGCAAUUUAUGUUUGUAUCAGUUUUAUACUAACUCACAACACUUGUUUAAUAUUUGCCAGUUCUGGUGAAUCGAGCUAUGGAUGAGGGAUUGUUGAGGAAGCCCAUUCUGAACUAGCACCCAUGCACCACUCGUUUUCUUUAGUCAGUUUCUUUUUCUCGUUGGGGGUGGGGGUGGGGGUUGUUUGGUUAAAGGCUACUGUGGACCAGAUGUGCUCUCUGUUUCGAGGCAUUUCUUCUAAGUAGCGUUUUACCCAUGUUUUCUAUUGUCAUUUUGUCCAAGUUGUUUGGUUUUGGUAAAAGGCUUGUGUUGAGUAAAGCUACUGCUGCAUGGAGGAGCUUCCUGCUGGAGGGUUGACGGUUGUUUUAGUAUUGUUAUGGUUUAUUGUCUCUUUAGUUUCUUGUGUAGAGUAGAGGUGAUCCAUGUAAUGUGGCUCCUUGUUUAGCCUAGUUACUGAUCACUUACAUGCUCUACAAUCUACAUUAUGUGUUGAAUUUCUAACUGUUAUGGACAAAGGAGUCUCUUCGUAUACGAAUGUCUUGUUUAUGAUCAAAAUGCUAAAGGUUGCAGUGGUCUAUGAUAUAAUUCUUCGGCAUCCUUUUAGUAUAAAAUUUGAUUCUCUGGGAUUUAUUUCCACCAUGGAAGUAGCCUGAAGUAUCUGUGCUCUAUACCAGGGUGUUAUAUUUAUUUGCAGACUUUAUGGUGCCGCGUUUUAGGCAUAAGAAAUUACCUAGCGUAAGAUUGUUGAGCAUCAUUCAUUGUGUUUGUGAGCUCGGUAAGGGGGCAGGUUGAUAUUGAUCUUUUAAUGGCACAGUCCAAAACUUUGGAAAGUUCAUAUCUGCCAAGAAUUGGUUUUACUAGCAUAUGGACAUGAUUUAUUUAGUUUGAAAGCAUAUGUGAGGAAGUGGUACUGAAAACUAGUGUUAAAUAGGAUUCUCUUUUGAACUACACAGCAAAAGUUGGUACUCGUAUUUGGAUCAUAUUGUUGGCUGCUUCGAUGGGGGUUGAAAGUUCAUAUUGGCAGGAGUAGUGGGAAUCUCCCUUUAUCAUGUCACCGUUAUUGUGAUUGCUUUGGUUUCUGGAUAUUGUUUCUGUUUGAGGUAGAACGUAUCGGGUAGCCAUCAAUUUGCUUUGCUUCAAGGCUGUUUGUUUAUGCUUCUUUUAGAGAAUUGUUCUUUUAAUUCAUUACCCAUCCUUUUAAAUGUCACAGUUCAAGUAAGUUCCCACAUAGUCGGUGAAAAUGAAAAUCCUUGUUAUGGCAUUCAGUUUUGAACUGACUAGUUGUGACUAGUUUUAAAAAUGGAGUGAAUAAUUGUGUCACAUGACAUGCAAAAUCUAAGUUCAACAACAAAUCAUCAUUAAUCCUACAUUAGCAACUUAUACUGCUUAUGGUCCACCUCCAACCGGUAAGAGUGUUAACCUAACUUUUAUUCUAAUCUUUGACCCAAAAUUUCACAACUGACGGGACCUGUUUUAUAGCUGAAGCUUGAAAACGCAGUCUGCUCCUUUUUUAAAUUUUUAUUGUAACUGGGAAGACUUGCUUAAAG